AGUGAAGGGUAUGGUGGGUAAAGACGCACACGGACCGCCAGCGAGCUCACUUCACCCUGACUGACCUGCAGCGGUGUAUCCUGUUAUGAGAAGAUGUCUGUGAACGAGGUGUAUGUGUUCCGGCCCUUCAAGCUCAUCGCUCUGCUGUGCGUCUUUCUGGCGCUGUGUUUGGACGUGGUGGCUCUGCUGAGCCCAGCCUGGGUCACCGCGGAGCAUUUCUCACUGUCUUUGUGGGAGUCCUGCUCCCAGUCCGAGGCACGGCAUCCGACGGAGGAGGCUCAGUGGAGCUGCUUCUCCACCCUCACAUCUGACUGGCAGAUUGCCACCCUGGUGCUGCUGGCGGCCGGAGCCGUGGCAACUCUGGUGGCCUUCUUGGUGGCCCUGAUUUCCCUCUGCAGAGGGACACAAAGACAGCACUACCGCACCGUAGCUGUGUUCCUCUUCACUGCAGUGGUUCUGCAGGCCUGUGCUCUGGUCCUCUACCCAAUCAAGUUCAUCGACGGAACAGUUCUUCAGACUUAUCACGAGUUCAACUGGGGCUACGGGCUCGGCUGGGGAGCCACCAUCUUCAUGUUGGGUGGAGGGAUCCUCUUCUGCUUGCGAACGGACAUAUAUGAGGAUGGGAUGUACUGAGUCCUUUCUCCAGCCCCUAACCCACUGGAAAUACACACAUAAGCAUGUACACACACACGGAUAAAUUCCCAUACAGGAACUGUGCUACUUUUUUUUCAGUCACUCUUCACUCUGAACACAGCACAGUGUAUGUGAACACAGACCCUGUUUCUGUGUUCCUCUUGCUGUUUUGCUCUCUCUGUUAUUUUUAGAUGGGUUGUGAAGGCCUAAUUUAGGCCAGGGAUGUAUGAAUAGGACCCCCACCCCUCACAUGCAGCCAGUGGGUCUCUCAACCCUGCCGGUAUUGGGGGUGAGGUGUUAAAGCUACAGCACGGAGAGCUUUCUGGACAGGCACGAGCCACUGAUGCUGGACGUUUCCACUGCACGCUGACCUGGAUCUCUAUUGUUAAGAGAAACAGGACAGUAGAUUCUCAGCACAGACCUGAAUGUGCAGCAACUGAACAUUUAAAGUGGUUGACUUAUCUCCACAUUUCCUUAUUUUUUUAUUCUUUUUGUAGCAUUUCACGAGGAGACGCUUGUUGUUAAUCUAUUUAUGGCAUCAUUUCCCACUUUAUAAAUAUUGAAAAGGCUGAACUUCUCCCUCCGUGUGUUCAAGCUGAAACAUAUCUAGAAAUGCUAAGCCUUCUGAUAGUAGAAGUGGAAAUUAGACCGCUUCGAUGUAUGCUAGAGCUCUUGAGUGUUUUUAGUUUGAUUGGAAACUCACACUAGUUUCUCUCAAAUGAAAAAUGUAAAUGUGUACAAAGUAUUUCUACAUGAAGGAUAAUCCAAAAUAAACAAUUGUAGUUUU